AUGGCAAUGGAGCCCCUAUGCUCUCGGAUCCGUCCGGUCGCUCUCUAUACACUCCUCAAUGAACGCACAUACGACCUCCCAUCUUAUUUCGGUACAUUGGUUGGCGCGGCGUGUCUUCAAUCACUCACGAUAACAAUCUCCCCUCAUGCUGUACUCAACGUUCCCGAUAUCUCAGGCCCGUCAAUUGUUCUUCCAUUCUUGUCGCAUUUGGUGCUUAACGGGUCGAUUCCGCCUACCUUAUUGAGACUAUUCAAUACCCCCAAAUUACGCCGCCUCGAUAUGAACCUUGCGAAGCGGACGGCCACACCUCGACUUCCCCGGGGGCACCAUAUUGUAGAUUUACGACUCGAGGGAGCGAUGCCAAACAUUCGGUUACUACAGUCCUUACCCGAGUUGGUCAAGUUGGAAAUCGGGAGAGAUAUUCCAGGGAGGUUUCUCGACGCUCUCGCUCAAGGUGGAGGGGAUCCCGAAAAGACGCCGGUCGCGCCGGGAGCACUGAUCCCGUUUACUUCGAUUUUUGAAAAGGAGGAGGAAACGAUGUGCCCUCUCUUGGAUACGCUUACUCUUCGGGGGUGUGAGCGUGUCUCCAGAGAAACGAUCGAAGGCUGGUGGAGCGCCGGGCGGGGAGUCUGA